GCCCCGCCGGGAUCCCGGGGGGUGCCGCCGGGGAUGUCCGCCCCGCCGCAGCCCGCCGCUCCCGGUUCCUUCCAGAGCCCCCGGAGGCUGCCGAAGCGCAAGAGCCGCUUCAAGCGCUCGGACGGCAGCACCUCGUCCGACACCACCUCCAGCAUCCUCCGCAGGCAGGGCUCGGCCGACUCGUACACCAGCCGCCCGUCCCUGGACUCCGACGUGUCCCUCGAGGAGGAUCGCGAGAGCGCCCGGCGCGAGGUGGAGAGCCAGGCCCAGCAGCAGCUCGAGAGGGCCAAGCACAAGCCGGUCGCGUUCGCCGUGCGCACCAAUGUCAGCUACUGCGGGGCGCUGGACGAGGAGUGCCCGGUGCAGGGAGCCGCCAUCAACUUCGAAGCCAAAGAUUUCCUGCACAUCAAGGAGAAAUACAGCAAUGACUGGUGGAUCGGGCGCCUAGUGAAGGAGGGGGGGGACAUCGCCUUCAUCCCCAGCCCCCAGCGCCUGGAAGCCAUGAGGCUCAAACAGGAGCAGAAAGCCAGGAGAGCUGGCAACACCUUGGGCCUCGGCGACAGCGGGAACCGGCGAUCGCCUCCCCCUUCCUUAGCCAAGCAGAAGCAGAAGCAGACGCAGCACAUCCCGCCCUACGACGUGGUCCCCUCCAUGCGGCCCGUGGUGCUGGUGGGGCCCUCGCUGAAAGGAUACGAGGUCACCGACAUGAUGCAGAAAGCCCUCUUCGACUUCCUCAAGCACAGAUUUGACGGCAGGAUCUCCAUCACCCACAUCACGGCCGACCUCUCCCUGGCCAAGCGCUCCAUCCUCAACAACCUGGGCAAGCAGGCCAUCCUGGAGCGCUCCACCACUCGAUCCAGCAUCGCUGAGGUGCAGAGCGAGAUCGAGCGCAUCUUCGAGCUGGCCAAGUCCCUGCAGCUGGUGGUGCUGGACGCCGACACCAUCAACCACCCGGCCCAGCUGGCCAAGACCUCGCUGGCGCCCAUCAUCGUCUACGUCAAGGUGUCCUCCCCCAAGGUCCUGCAGCGGCUCAUCAAGUCCCGCGGCAAGUCCCAGGUGAAGCACCUCAACGUGCAGAUGAUGGCAGCCGACAAGCUGGUGCAGUGCCCCCCGGAGCUCUUCGACGUGAUCCUGGAUGAGAACCAGCUGGAGGACGCCUGCGAGCACCUGGCCGAGUACCUGGAGGUCUACUGGCGCGCCACGCACCACCCGCCGCACGCCCCGCACGCCGUGCCCUCGCCCACCGGCCUCCCGGGCCUGCAGAGCCAGCAGCUGCUGGGGGAGCGGGGCGAGCACUCGCCGCUGGAGCACGACAGCCUGAUGCCCUCGGACGAGGCCAGCGAGCCCUCGCCCAAACCCUGGGCAGCCUCCUCGCAGCGCGGCUCCCGGCACCUGGAGGAGGAAGAGGAGGAGGAGGAGGAGUACGGGGAGCCUUACCCCAACCUCUACCAGCCCCACCGGCACCACAACAGCGGGCUGCACGGCCCCCCCGGCCCCGCCGCGCAGGAGCGCCUGCUGGAGCACCCGCCCGAGCGCGACCACGACAGGAACUGGCAGCGCAGCCGGCCCUGGGCCAAGGACAGCUACUAGGGCGGGUGGGCAAGGGGGAGGGAAGGGGAGAGGGGGGGGGGGGGGCGGCUGGGAACCGGCCCCCCCCCCCCCCCCCCAAACCCUUUCCCUGGGGCCUGGCGGCCAGGUCCCCGCCGUCCCUUCGCCUCCCCCCCCCCCCCCCCCGGCCCCACGCUGGGGGUGCUCAGACAAUCUCCCUCUCUCGGGGAACUCCUCCGCAGCGGCAGCUUCCCGGCGCCUGGCCCCGGGCACGUCUUCAGCCAUAAUAAGCACAGGAGGGGGCCGGCGGCCAGGAUGCCAGGGCCCCCCCCCCCCAAAAAAAAAAAAAAAACAACAACAAAAAAAACCCGCUCCCUGACUCCAGGUGACCCGAGAGCAGCCACAUGCCUUCUCCCUGCCUCAGUUUCCCCGCCUGGCCCCCCCCCAGCAUCGCAGGCUGCGUCAUUCCCCGCAGGGCAGCCGCCAUCAGCAGAGGGUGCCCCCCCCCC